AUGUUUAUGUACACAAAAGUAUUUCCAAUUUUCGAAGAGUUCCAACGAGAAUACGCUAUCGAAACCAUUUUCGAUAAAUACGCUAAAUGCUACAGUGUUUGUCAGACUGACAAGAAAGAGGCUUUAGUAUUGAACAAUUUGAAAACGGACGGAUUUUCAGUCCAUAAUCGUACCAUACCUCAAAAUUUGAACCACGUCCUAUUUGUGUUCCGAAACUAUGGCAGACUUCACGGCAUUUCAUUAGCAAUGAAAGUAAAGAAACCUGCCUUAUUCAAAAGUAUGACUAAAAAUAUGACGAAUGUCUUAGGACAAUUCAUUGUUCAGGCGAAUAUGGCUUCAAGUUUUGUCGAUAACUUCAAAAACGCCAGGAUGUUGUUCAUGAAAGAUGGCAAGGAGGCCAUAGCCAAUAAACUGGACGAUGUGGAGAAAAAAGUGGAAGACAUAUUAACCAAUAUGUUCAGUGAUGAUCUCAAGGAAGCAGUGGUGCUUCAUGGAGACUGCUGGAAUAAUAACAUGAUGUUUAAAUACAAG